AUGUUCAAAUCAUCAUCAACAAAAUCUUCCACUCUUAUUACCAGUUUAAAUUCGCUCAUCAUCAAGAAGAAUGGUUUGAAUCAUCACAAGAGCAAUCAAAAUAUUAGUAUUUUAACCACUAUGAAAACAACUCCAUCCGUUAUGGAUCAUGGUCUAUUCAAGUCAUCCUCUUCUUUCCAACAACAAUACCGAUUUUACAAAUAUUCCUAUAGUGAAACAUCACCAGAGGAAAUUCGUAGACUCUCAGGAAACUCUACAAACAAGGGACUUCCAUGGAUGACUGGCUUGUUUGGACUCGUGAUCGGCCUCGGAUUGGGAUACUACUUUUCUGAUUCGUUAGCUGGAGAAAAGAAAGUCCUAGAAUCUGGUCUUGAAAAGGUUGCUAAAAAGUCAAAGAGUCUUGCUGACUUGUUUGAUGAAUUUGCAGAUACCACAGUAACCAAUCCAACCACUGGAAAGACUGAAAAGAUGAUGUCAAUUGAAGCAUUUAUUAAUUCAUUGCUCACCUCACGACCAAACGUUCCAAAUUGGGUAGCAUUGCCUAGAAGAGAUGGUAAAUUAUUGGUAGACAAGAAGAGAGCUCAAGAUCCACAAUUAAAGAUGAUGUUCGAGUAUGCAGAUGCUGACAAGAAUGGAUUAAUUAAUUUUGAUGAAUAUGUUCUAUUCAUGACUUUCAUGACAAGUUCUGAACGCCAACUAAAGAUUGCUUUCCAAUGCUUUGAUUUGGAUGGAUCUGGAAAGAUUGAGGCUGAAGAGUUCAAGGAAAUUGUACGAGCUAACCGAUUGAGAGCUGAUUCAAAGAAAGGAAAGGAUGACGUCGACGACAUUGAUUGGAGGAAUAAUGGCUUGAUGACUCGUUUGUUUGGACCUGAGCUAGAUCAGAAAUUAUCAUUCGAAGAUUUCAACAAAUUUAUUCGUCAAUGCAAGAAUGCUCUUCUUAGACAAGAAUUCUUACAAUAUGAUGUGGAAGGAAAUGGUUUAAUAUCAGUUGAAGCAUUUUCUGAGCUCAUGACUAAGAGUGUUCAUUAUAACUCACUACAAAUCAAUGAUUUCAAGAGACAAUUGAAUUUACUUAAAACGAGAGGAUUUUUCGCACCAAAUGGAAGAAUUAACUAUGAAACAUUUAAGGCAUUCAACGAUAUGGCGAGAAACAUGGAUGACAUUGCUCUUAUGAUUCAAUUGUAUACAGCAAGUCGAAAAGGCAUGAAGAAGGAAGAUUUUAAGAGCGCUUUGGAACGUGUCGCAAAAAUUAAGGUCUCUGAUAAGGUGGUGGAUUUGGUUUAUGCCAUCUAUGACAAGAAUGGUGAUGGAGAGUUGGACUACAAGGAAUUUGUUAGCACUAUGAAAGCAAGACAAAAUGUUUCUUUGUAA